GGGGGGGAUCACAGUCCCCAACUUCUGGACAGGAGGGUGCCGUGGAGAGACCGAGCACUCAGGCAUCUGCUAUUCUGCAGAUGUGGCGCGAAUUGGAGGAUGAGCAUUUGUUGAACAGGGCUCGUGACAGGAUGAGGGAAAGGUUGAGGCAACAGAGGGGUUCUGAGUCUAAUACCAAUGGAUCCAGUACCAUGUCUGAUAGUCGAGGCAGUGAGAAUCAAGGCAGUUUGGGGGAUGCGAGUGAAAGCGAAAAUGAUUUUGGUACUUGGUCGCAUGAUCGGAUUGAAUCGCGGAAUGCACGUGGGGAUCAUCUUGUCUCAAGCAGGGAGCAAUCUCCUGAUCUUGGCGAAGUCGAGAGGGAGAGAGUUAGACAGAUUGUUCGAGGAUGGAUGGAAAGCGGUAUUGGUGAUCAUUCAUCGAAUGUGAAUCAGAGAAACAAUAAUGGUAGAGCAGAAUGGCUUGGAGAAACAGAGCGUGAGAGGGUAAGAAUUGUCAGGGAAUGGGUGCAAAUGACUAGCCAACAGAGAGGCUCACGUGGGAGCCGGAGGGAUGCUAAAGUCGAUCGAGCGCGCGAUGUGGUUGCUGAUCACGAUGAAGGCCAGCCAGAGCAUGUUCGGCGGGACAUGUUGAGGCUGCGUGGAAGACAAGCUCUAGUUGAUUUGCUUGUGAGGAUAGAGAGGGAAAGGCAAAGAGAGCUGCAGGGAUUGUUGGAGCACCGAGCUGUAUCUGAUUUUGCUCACCGCAACCGCAUUCAGUCUUUGCUCAGAGGUAGAUUCCUCCGAAAUGAAAGAACUGUUGAAGAUGAGAGACCUCCGUCUAUGGCUGCAAGUGAAUUAGUGCAGUUGAGACAACGACAUACAGUCUCUGGUAUAAGGGAGGGGUUUCGUUCAAGAUUAGAGAAUAUUGUUCUAGUCAAGCAAGUACCAAUUCUGAUAGUGCAUCAAAUAAUCGUGAUUAGCACUGUAUUGAAUUAA